GCGCUGCUGGAAGGGCUCCGUCACAACAACACCGUCACUGAGAUCGACCUUCGAUAUGAGCAUGGGAUGGAUUUGGAUCGAAAGAAGGCUGAGAAGAUCGUGGCAGCCAAGCGACCGGUGCAGAAUGCCUUCAAGCGCUUCCGGAAUGUCGUUUUCUACAAGAUCCUGGCGGAUUGGUACCUGAGACAGGGGAAGGUGAUCGUGCUUGGCGACAAGUAUUAUUCGGCUCAAUAUAUGAACGACCACCCAAUCAAGGGCAUUGGCAACGCUGGCGCACAGGCGGUCGCAAAGAUGCUCCGCGAAAACCGCAGCGUUCAAGAGAUUUAUCUCCACGACAAGAGGAUUGGGGAGAUCGGCGGCCAGGCUCUCCUUGAAGCCCUGCGACACAACAGCCGUGUGCUUGUCAUGAACUUGAACGAAAAUCCCGCCAUCAGCGAUGAGGUCAAAAAGGGGAUCCAGGGGCUCUUGGAAGCGAACAAGGAGGCAGUCCGGCGGCAAAAGGAGGCAUUCUUUGCAACUUUGAAGGAGCUGCAGCGGCUGAGUGAGGCUAAACCGGGUAUGGGUAAGUCCAUCUUGGAUCGGCUGGAAGGCACCACAUGGUUUGAUGAUGAGUCGAAAUGCCGAAUUGCACACGUCCAAAGCGGCGAGAUCGUGUGGGAUCCCAAUGUUGGCACGCGCGCCAACAGCACAUUGAUCUCCGACGGCAUCAUUCUGGCACCUCGGAGACCGUCGGCGGGCGCCCACGGGGUUGCCCACAGGGUUGUGAAGCAAGCAGGCUUUAUGUUUUCCUCACCAAGGCGAAGUGGACCUGGACGCAGAGCCAGCAUGCAUUACCUGGUCAUGCUGGAACGACCUGCCUUCCGAGAUUCAAAGCUUCAUGUGGAUCAAGGGCUGACCUUGUACAACGAGCAGGAUGGGCCAAGGCUGCAUUGUCUUCGAGCGCGGACGCCCGGGGCCUUAGACCGACGCCGAGAGGACGGCGCACAGUUGAAGGUCAUCUUUGAGAACUUUGAGGACCAAACCCGGCGCGAAAAUGAACCUUCACUGGAGGAAAUGCGGAUCAUGCAGGAAGCCCUGUUCGGUGAUCCACCUGGCUAUAUGAAUGCCUGCCAUUUGGCGGAUGCCAUGCGCGCUGCCUCGAUGAAUCCAAAGGAUUCCGAGGUGGAAGAACUCCGAAGAUGCUUCGAGAUCUUCGAUACCGAGAAAACAGGCAACAGCUUUCCAGACGAGAAGUUGGAGGAGACUUGUUUCAGUUUUGUGCUCGUUUGUUGUCCUGCUCGCUUGAAGACUCCAGUUCCCCUCAGAACCAUGGAUAGCUUCCCUUUGAAAGUCAUGCAGCUAAUUUCUACGCAGGCGUUGCUGGAGAAUGCACCCUUUAAUGGUCAGGGCUAUGACUAUUCCUACAUCAUGUGCUACCUCCUGGGACCUGGGGCACCGAAGAUGCCAGAAGCUCCAGAGGGGAGAGGGCAAGGAGGGAGGGAGGAGAUCAGUGAGGAUCAGGAAAAGAAGGAAGUAGGUAUCUCAGAGACAUGCUAUGAUGCCGAACGACGCAGAAUUGGGAAUGCUUCAGGUUCUGUGCGGGUUCUGUUGGAUGUAAUCGUCUCGGUCUUCAUGAACGGCUUGACCCUGCGAUUGGUGCCAGAAGAGUUGAAAGAUAAGAAGAUGGUCAUGGAAGCAGUGCAGCAAAAUGGAAUGGCUUUGCAAGCCGCACCUGGUGCUUUGAAAGAGGAUAAAGAAAUCGUCACAGCUGCGGCCCGGAGCAACUGGAGGGCGUUUGGAUUUGCGGGUGAAGCAAUGACCGAGGAUCCGGAGAUGAAAGUCUUUGCGCGCAAGCUGGAGUUGCUUGAGCUAUUCCAGAGAGAACGGUAUGGGGAGACUGUGUUUGAGGCGGCCAUGAAGGAGUUGGAGAAUGACAGGGACGUAGCCUUGGCCGCCGUGCAAGGGAACGGCGAUUUGUUGCGGUUGGCAGCUCCGGAGUUGAAGGCCAACAAGGCGAUCGUUUUGGCCGCAGUUCGACAGAAAGGAUUAGCGUUGGAACAUGCAUCAGAUCACUGGAAGAGGGACAGAGAGGUUGUUCUGGCAGCAGUCAGGGAAGAUGCCAGGGCUUUAGGUUCUGUGCCCGAAGAAUUGACGAUGGAGAAAGAAUUCAUCAUAUCAGCCGUGCAACAGAAUCCGUUUGCCUUGCAAUAUGCAUCGAAGGAAUGGAAGGCAAACAAGGAUGUAGUUUUCGCAGCCGUGGAGAUAUGUGCUACUGCCUUGGAAUUUGCAUGUGAAGACUUGAGGACAGACGGUCAGCUCGUUGCGUCCGCAACACUGCAUCGCUUGGCAACGUGUACCAGUGACAAGGCUUUCAUGCUGGAACUAGUUCAAGUUGGGGGUUUUGCCCUGCAGGUUGCGCAUCCUGAAUUGAAACGGGACAAGGAGGUGGCGCUGGCCGCAGUUCAACAACAUGGCAGCGCGUUGGAAUUCGCGGAUGUUCAGUUCAAGCAGGACAAGAAGAUGGUCUUGGCCGCAGUUCAACAACAUGGCAGGGCGUUGGAAUUCGCGGAUGUUCACUUGAAGGCAGACCCAGAAGUGGUCUUGAACGCAGUGGUGAAUGAGAUUACGGCCUUGGAAUUUGCGUCUGAUGAGUUCAAGCAGCACUCAGUCUUCAUCCAGCAGCUGAAGGGAGACAUGAUUUCUUUACUCUUGAAGAGAGAUGGCGAAUUUGGAAAAGUCUUUGGAUGUGGUGUCCUCGAGAAGUUCCUUUCAAACCACUCGGAGGAGAGGGUGAGGAACAAGUCACGCAGGGCCUUGCAAGACAAGGACGUCGUCCUGGCCGCUGUGUCACAGAACGGCUGUGCCUUGAGAAAUGCCGCAGAGGAGUUGAGGGCGGACAAGGACUUUGUCCUGGCUGCUGUGUCGCAGGACUGCCGUGCCUUGCAAUAUGCCGCAGAGGAGUUGAGGGCGGAAAAGGACCUUGUCCUGGCUGCUGUGUCGCAGGACGGAAGUGCCUUGAAAUAUGCCGCAGAGGAGUUGAGGGCGGACAAGGACGUUUUCCUGGCUGCUGUGUCGCAGGACGGGAUCGUCAGCGCACGCUUCAGCGCCACCAUCAUCAUAUCGUGGCGAGGCCGCAUGCAAGUGCAAUAUCAGAGUUUGCCAGGACGAAAUCAGCAAUGGUUGGGUGAGCAAAUCCCAUCCAAGGCAUGUGCAGGAAUGGGAUACUGGAUGAAGAAGGUAUCUGAGCCCGACCGCUUCAACCUUUCACCAGCCGAAGUCGUGAAGGUGGCAUGUGACGGUGUGCGAAAGGUAGGCCGGCUGUUGAAGUAUAUACCGGAGGAGUUGCAGAAUAACAAGAAGGUUGUCUUGACGGCGGUGGCGCAAAGUGGUGAGGCCUUGCAGUUUGCAGCAGAAAAGCUCAAGAUGGACAUGGAGGUGAUCUCAGUCGCCCUGCAACAGGAUUGGGGAGCUUGGCACUUUGUUGCAGACGAGCUGAAGAGUGACCAGGAAGUCUUGGCGCUUGGUCCCAUCAAGCACUGGCCAUCACAAGUGCAAGCACGUUAUGAGUCUUUGGAAGAUGCUCCUCCAGAGCUUCGCAGCAACAAAGGGUUUAUGAUGGCUGCAGUAAAGUCCCAUGGCUAUUGCUUGAAGUACGCAAGCGAGAACUUGAAGGAGGAUAAGGACUUGGUGAUGGCAGCCAUCAUGCAGAAUGGCACGGCAUUCAAGCUCGCUGCUCAAAAGUUGCAAAAUGACCGCACCUUCGUGCUGGAUGCAGUGUUGGCAACUCGAGCACCCUGGCUUCGACAAUACGUAUCUAGCACGCUUCAGGCUGAUAGCGUUUUUCAGCAAGAGGUGGCCAACGCAGCUGGUCAUGGCCUCGUUUUUACGUGGUACAACUCGCCAGACGUCUUCAAGAACAUGCGGAAAGAUGUGAGCGCCACUGGGGCCUCUGUUCCAGGUGGAGCUGCUUAUGACAAAGUCAUGGCAGAGUUGAAGCGCGCUGAUCGUGGCCGAACGGCCACCGUUUGGUUUGAGGAAGCUUUGGUGUUUGGUGCGACCAACGAUGCCGGGGACUGGACCCAUCCAGCUGAAGAUUGCGGGCGAGAUCGGAUUGAGGUCCCGGAGAAGAAAGGCCGCCAUCGGAUGUGGGAUUCGGUCGUUGAAUCGCACACCACAAGAGAACCACCUACAGUCGGCGCAAAAUAUAUAUGUUGGUGUUGCCAUUGGAUUCGGGAAGUGAACGCACAGCAUAAGGAAGGCUCGGUUGUAUGCUGCACAGUUUCAAACAUCUUCUCUCCAGACUGGGUUGAGUUAUAUAGCGCUGGCUCUUCCGAGUUGAGCGAUGCUCGAGCCAUAGAUUAUGGCUUGCCUCAGGAACGCUUCCAGAAUCUGCCAGGCGGUCUACCCCCCGGCUGGGGUGAAGGCCGAAUUCAGCUCUCGGACGGCAGCAGUUUCCCCAGAGAAGCGCCGGAACAUGACUUCACAAAGAAGCCCUUGGGGCAAGGCUGCCGGUGGGAACGUCAGGUCUUGGACAAGUUGGGUAUCCCGGUCAACGCGUUCUUCAUGCCGUGA